AAUUAUUUCCGUACAUAUUUUUUUCCCCCACUUGCGCAUAAAAUAUAAAAUUUUGUUUUAUACUUCUCGUAAAAAGUGUUAGCAAAACUCUGCAAAAGAAGAAAAAAAAAAGGCCUUUAUUCAAAGUAUAAAAAACUAUCGUACUUUUAUAUUUAAAUAAAAUAUUCUUCACAUUUUCCAAAAAUUCCCCCCAAUAUUUAAUUAUCAAUCGUAUAAGGCAAAAUGGCAGCAGUUCCAGUGUCAGAAUUAGCAGAAUGCGAAAAGCAGGAGCUUUUAUGUACCUACGCCGCGCUGAUACUACAUGAAGAGAAGAUGAGCAUAACAAGUGAAAAUAUUGUAAAGCUUAUAAAAAAAUCAAACAACACAGUAUUGCCAUACUUACCAAUGCUUUUCGAAAAAGCCUUAAAGGGAAAGGAUAUUGAGGGCCUACUAAGCAAUUUAAGUGUUGGCGGAGGUGCCCCAGCUGCAUCAGCACAAGCCGCAGCGGAUAAGCCAAGUGACGAUAAGAAGGAAGCUAAGAAGGAAGAGAAAGUAGAAGAGGAGGAAGAAGAAGAUGACUUAGGAUUUUCAUUAUUCGGUUAGAUUUGUUGUGAACGGGAAAAAGAAUGAUACACACGGAAUGAGUUAUCCAUUAAAGUGUAAGAAGACAAAUUGGAAAGAAAAAAAAAAAAAAGAGGACCCAACAUAUGCCCAUUUUAACGAAUUAUUGAAAUGAUUUCAUUAAUUUGUUGAAGAAGAACUUUGAUUGUGUAAUUUAAGCGAAACUUUUAGCUUUUACAUAAAACUUUUUUCUCUCCCUUUUU